AUGGUGAAGAGCUCGCUUCGCGGUGAAAUAUGCGGUUACUGCAACGCUUGUGUUCGUAUACGUCUUUGUGCCGCCAGAGGACGCAGUCCCGAACCAUUGGAGUGUGCUUACAAGCAUAUAUUAGAUUCGUACGGCGGUAAAAAUACUGAGCCGGAGAAGAUAUUGGACACGCUCAAACCGGCCUGCGCAUCAUGCCGAUGGACGUCUGACGCGCAGUUCCCUGAAACACCGCCUUCUUCGAGUGACCUAAGUUUGGAAUGGAGUUCACAGUCUCAGUCUCAUAGAGCUCGACUAAGAAGACGCAAGAGAUAA